AACAAUUCAACCUUGCUCUGCUACUCUCACAAAUCUUAACUAAACAACAAAAUAUUCUAAUAUUUCAACAUUAAAAUGCGGUGGUUAUCUUCUUUAAGGUCCUUAUUUAUUACUCCACAGCCCAAACAAUAUAAUAUUCUUAGAGCAUUUUCUAGGACAGUAGAUUCCCGGCAAGAUAUAACUGAAAACCCUUACUUCGAGAAAUAUGCAGAAAAAAUAGCGGAAGUUCAAAAAAGGCCUUCAAAUGAUAUUAAGGCAAGAAUAGAGAAGAAUUUAAAUAGCUUUCAAUCACAUCCCUAUUACCAAGAUAAACAGACAAGUGAAUUCAAAGAAUCUAAUCGUAAUAAGGAUGCAAAUUUUUCUCAAUUGCAAAGACAAAAUGAUUUAAAUAAAAUUAUGAAAUUAGAUGCCAUAGAAGAAAAGACAGCAGAAGAAAUUGAAUCUAUAUGGAAGCAGUAUCAUGAAGUUAAACAAGGUGUUUAUGCUGUUUUACCUGCUGGAGUAUUUGAGAAAAUGCAUUCUAAUUUAAAAGAAUAUCCUGUAUUUGUGUUUCCUUUACCAAGAAGCCAUGGAUAUGAAUUUAUUAUGUGCCAAUUUCAAAAUCAAAAUUGCUAUUUCACAUCACUUUUGAAUUACCAGGCAUAUAAAGAAAAUGCUCCAAUUUGUUUAACUGUAACAUACUUUACUGAAUUUCAAGAAAGUAAAGGAAUAGUUCUGAUGAGAGGAGAAUAUGAUGAUGCUUCUUUGAAAGCCCAUGAAGCUCAGUGUUUAACCAAUCAAUUACAAUUAUAUUAUGGUGGUGUUGACAGUGAUAAAUUGCUUUUAGUUGAGAAGUUUAAUAGGCAUCCUGAUUCUUUCAAGCAUAUGGAUUUGAUUUCAAAUUUUGAAUAUGGUUUAGGAAAAUAAAUUAGAAAGAGUUGUUUGAACUAAGGAGAAUAGGAAUCAUUCAUUGAAUUUCAGAUAUGAAUCAUUUCAUUGAAUUUCAGAUAUGUAUUGACUGGAAAUGAAAAUUCCUGUACAUAAUGUUUUAUAAAAUAAAGCAUUUGGGUAUUUAUA